AUGAUUGAGACGAGCUCUGGGGCUGCUAACUACAACUCAACGCCCGGAGCUAAGCGCCGACCCCAAUGUCAAGCCCACGACCCAAGCCCUUUGGAACCAGUAGCCGGUGUCACGGGCUCCGGCGGCAUCAAAGCCUCGCUCUUCCUCAGCAGAGGGGCCAACGGAGAAAGGGAGACAACGGAGGAUGGGGCUGGGCUCCCCAAGCUGGCCUCCGAAUGCUUGGCCCCGCGCUUCUCCGGCCUGGCUAACCUGCCAGCCUUUCCCAGCACCCUGUCUGCGAGUCACCCACCUGCCCGGCCUUUCGGGGCUCAUCUAAAAGGCUCCUCCGCCAAGACUAGGGGACACCAGGAAUUGGGUUUGUUUGCGGUGCCUCAGAAGGGGCAAGAUGGCGACAGGUAUCAGGGCGCAGGCGCAGCCGCGCGCCGCCCGUCGGGAGGUGUAGUCCGCCUUUCCCGCCUUUCCGAGAACAGAAGCCAGAAGGUCCUUCAUCCUCCCUGUCCCUCUUUUCCAACGCAUUUUGAAAGUAAAGGAGACGCGCCGCGAGGGUUGCUGGGAGCUGUGGUCCGAACCCACACUCCCUCCUCUUUCACUCUCCGUAUGCUGUCGUACGCGCAAGGAAGGCUGGGAUUGUGGUUUUCUUGGCUUCUCUCGCGUACCCUCCUGGCUUCGUGCGCCUCUCCCGUGCAGUCUCCCAGCCAAAAGACUGCGCGUUCUGCUACGUGUGAUGCACGUAGCGGUCAAAAUGUCGUCGUAAACUGGAGCCGAGGAUUUGCUGCGACCUUUACUCUAGGCGAGGUUAGAGACGGUAGGAAAGCUGCUUCGUUCCCGAGAGUGCUGUUGAGAAUUAGGAUGAUUCCUCAGAUUCAUGGGAGCAAUUAUCAGCGGCUCCAGUCUCUCCAGACGCUACUCGAGAACUCAUAACCCACGCUGCGAGAACGGACAUAGUGGACGUCGCAGUAGCUGUACCCGAUCUGGGGGUUGCGGAGUGGCAUGUCAAGGACGCGAGCCCAAGCGUUCUCGACUUCGGGUUUCUCCACGGUGAAGUGGGAAGGAUAGUCAUUUUUCCUGCUCUAUCUGUCAAAGGCAAGAAGGAAAAGGGACGUGAUAUCUUACUCCUCUACCUUCACCAAACCUGCUCUUCAACUUCAGCUUCGGUGAACUGCAGUUCACAGUGUCCCAGUUCCAAGUACUUCUUCCCUCCUUUGGCGUUCUUCCCUUUCCACCCUGGAAACCGUGAUCAUUUAUUUCAGGCACAGGUCUUACCAGCACUUUCAAGUCCAUUCAGCCACCGGUGCCCUUCCACGUAGAUUCUAAAACAGCCCUCAACCUCGGAUCAGCUUCUCCCCUACACACCUUCCCUGUUGAUAUUCCUAUUAGUCAACUAUUAGUGCAUAAUAAAUUAUCCCAAACCUCAGUUCCUUAAAAUAAUAUAUAUUUUUUUCAUUUCA